UGAUAGACUAGCUUAUGCGCGUAUGUUUUGGCUUCUUCUGUAAGGCGUGACUGAAAUGGGGAUGCAAUGUGUGGAGUUGGUACGCGGGACCCAUGUACGAGACUGAUAUCUGUCCUGGUACUGCUCGGUUUUGUCCUGUUUAUUCUUCAUGUGGUUAGCUACGAGUUCUGGACCGCCGAAGUCUUUCAGCAGGAGGCGGAGGCUUGGGAUGAUGCGACUUGGCAGCGGAGCUACUGCACAAUCCUCUCAACUGGCGUCAGUUGCAUCAACACCAAAGACAGCAAAGAUGAGAGAGACUGGAACCUUUGCAGCCAGAAUAUCAGCAACAUGUCAACCCCAGCCUCUUAUGAUGCGUCCGCACCGGCUUUUUCGGUUUGGCAGCGAUCCAUUUGCCCUGGCACCUUUUUUUGUGCAAAAGAAAAUGAACCUUGUAUUUGCGUUGGCCAGAUCACUUACAGCCGGGCACUUUUCGAUGGCUAUCGCUACCACACUCCUGAAAAUUCAUCCUAUACCUUGGAGUCCAAUGGAUCUCAGCAUCUUUGUGGUGUAGAUCAACAUGGCCAGAUCUUGGUAGAUCCAGCUCCAAACCACAAGAAGUUCUGUUGGUGCACGCCCAAGAAGAUCCGCCAAAUCCUUCAGAAACACGAGCAGCACCGACCGCUGGAGCAGCAGCGCUGCGCAAAUGAUGCAGACUCUGAAUUUGUCUCAGAGUCCUCUCGGAGGUUGCAGGCGACGUACUCGUCCAGGCGGCGUACUUAUCAAUAUACACCCUGGGCCCUGGUUCUGGAAAGGAAGACCAAAGAAAUCUCUUGUGCCUAUGAGUACGGAGUACCUAGACCUUCCACAGAUCUUUAUGAGACAGCAGGGACACACGACAUUGAUGGAUAUGGAUCUGAUGAUCAUUUGAAAGCUGACUUGGUGGCACGGAAGUGGGGAUCAGGAACGAAGAGAGAUUGUUGGAUCCGUGACUUCAGCAAAGAUGGAGUUUGUGCCAUUGCACUAAAGCCACCACAUGCAUUGACCACCCGAGCAGCUCGCAAGUCCAUCACUGCCAGGCACCAUUUGAUCCUUUCCAUCGCUGCAUUUCUCACACUGCUGCUGCUAGGAUGUAGUGUUGUAGUUGCAGCCAGAGAAGUGACGGCAGGCAAUCUUGGCAAGCCUUCUCGACCUCUCCUGGCAGCUGGCGAGUGAGGAAAAAGACGGUGGCAACAGUGACAUAUUAUUAAUUAUUCGGUGAUAUUCAUUGGGUUUUUGCUGCAUUGACAUCAGUGAUGUUG